AUAUGUAUCUUUAGUUGCCCAGAUACCGACAGCUUCUGUCAGAAUGCUAAAAUAAAAAAAAGCUUGUCUCCUUGUGGUUUGUUUAGCUGGAGCCGCACAAUUUGGCUGUAGUAAUUUAAUAUACACAAUUUGUAUGUACAAAAUUCGGUUAUAAAACUUUUAAGUUACUUAUUUGAGAAACUAUUACCUUACUGUCGCAGUUCUGUCUUAUGUGAACUUUAUUUACCGGAGAACGUGUUACUCCCAGUAUGGAAUUAGACAACAAUGUUCACGAUCAGCAGCAGUAUUAUGAACCAGAGUUACAGCAGGCUCAACAUCAUCAACAGAGCACGCAACCAUCGAACCAGGCGAAUGCUCCGAAAAAGUCGGCGAAGCAAAACAAUGCUCUGCCUCUUUGGGGCAAUGAAACUUCGAUGAAUUUGAAUCCAUUGAUUCUAGCAAACAUUCAGGGAUCGAGUUAUUUCAAAGUGUCCUUGUUCAAACUGAAGACUUACCACGAAGUAGUAGACGAAAUAUAUUAUCAAGUGAAGCACUUGGAACCAUGGGAACGGGGUUCUCGAAAAACAGCGGGCCAGACAGGAAUGUGCGGAGGAGUUAGAGGUGUAGGGGCUGGUGGAAUAGUUUCAACGGCAUUUUGUUUACUUUAUAAACUUUAUACGCUACGAUUAACUAGAAAACAAGUAAAUGGACUGCUUACACACGGCGAUUCACCCUACAUUCGUGCGUUAGGUUUUAUGUAUUUACGAUACACCCAACCACCGGGUGAUUUGUUCGAUUGGUAUGAACCGUACCUAGUAGAUGAAGAAGAAAUCGAUGUCAAAGCUGGCGGAGGCCAGACAAUGACCAUUGGUCAGAUGAUACGGCAAUGGUUAACCAAACUGGACUGGUUUUCAACUCUAUUCCCCCGUAUACCGGUACCGAUCCAAAAGCAAAUUGAUGCAAAGCUUGACCAAUAUGCGAGAGAGAAUGGUGUCUCGUUCGCUGACACUCAACCUGACCGUGGUGGAACAGCUGUGGGAGGAAAACAAACCCGUGGAGGAACAUCAGGACCUUCAGGCAAUGCAAGAGGAUCCGGAUCAGCUCCUUUUACUGAUGAACGAGAAUCAGCACGUCAUGAGCGAGGUUUGGCAGUACAGUCAUUUAAAGAAAAACCUCUUAAGCGAGAAAUGUCUGACCAUUGUGACCGAGACGCACGAUCUUCUCGUUACGAAAGGCACGACGACGAAAGACAUGACCGCAAUCGGAAAGAUUAUCGCGCAAAGGAUUAUGAUCGCGAUUGGGACAGAGAUAGGCAUAGAGAACGUGAGAGGGACAAAGACCGGCACAGGGAAAGGGACCGUGAUCGUGAUAGAUCGCGGGAUCGCGACCGUGAUCGAAAAGAUAGAACGCGUGAUCGAAGAUCAAGAAGUCGGGAGCGCGAUUAUCAGCGUGAUCGUAGACAUCGUUAGCAGGUUCUCUUUAAAGGAAAUCGUUUUAUUAUUUUCACAUAUUUGCAAAUUUAUCAUUUCUAGGAUAACAACUUGAAGUAGCUAAUUUUCCAAAACAAAACAACUUUUGUACAAUUGUGUGCACUUUUCAAACAUUUAGCUACCUUUGCAAUGUACAUGUGGCCUUUGUACCACUUUGGCUUGCAAAUAUACCAUUUAUGACUUUCUGUUUUGUUGUUUUCAGAUGAAUAUUUUGCAAACAAAAAAACGAAGCACACGAAAAUGUUCGGAUGUUCAGAAACAUAGUUUUGUAAUUGCUUUGCAUUUCACUUCAAACAGGAAUGUAUACUGGUGAAAAUGUGACACAAAAUCUUGUAACAAGGGAAAAAACAAAACGGGUUCACAUUUUUCAUUAAUGGAUGUAUCUUCCAAUCAAUAGCACUUUUCCUCAUAAACCACAUAUUGCCUCUAUUCUUUAGCGAUGUUUACAAGAUAUCGUUCUGUAUGCUAAGCACAGGAAGAAGCAGUUACUUUCUGAACUCGUUUUUAUUUUUAAUCAUUGUCAGCUAAUCGAUUACCUCAUGAAACUUCCGUUUCUCAUCUUCAUAACUUUAAUACCUCAUUCAUAACGUAGCAUUACUAAUAUGAUUUCUUCUUUCUUCGUUUCUACCUUCCUUAACGCCACUACAUGAUGCUGAACGACUUAGCAGCAUCAAUAUUGCGCCAUUGUUGCACUUGCAAGAGUAUAAUACAAAAUAAAUAGAACAAACUAUGUUAAACAAGAA